UGAUUUGGGAGACUAUAAUCAGGUAGGUUAGGGCACAAAUAUGAUAUGCUACCAAAACAAUAGAAAGUUGAACAGUGAUGUCCCCUAUCUGGCAUCAUUCUCCUGCUGUACAGAGGAGAAGGCCUUGUGGGGCCUAGGAAGGAAAUCCUAUGCUGAUGAGAGUGAGGGUGCUUUCAUGCUGCUUGAGAGCCUGCUGGAGGCAGCAUCUGUCUCUCCUCUCUGUUGGAAACAGGAUCUUGGGCUUGAUUUGGCAGCAGGGCCCUUCUUAUCUGUUCUAGUAAGUGAGAACAGCAGUAGCUCUUAAUUUUCCCCAAGGAUUAGAUCAAAGACCUGAGAAUAAGAUAACCUGAACAUGUGGCUCUGAUUUUCCAUUCUUGGAUUUAAAGAAAAAAAGACUACUGGGUGGGGGCAGAGUCUAUGGCCCAGUCAUGAUUAUUUAUCAAGGGAUGGGAUAACUGAAGGUCCAAACCAAUUUUGAAGGGGCUACUCUGAGCCUUCCCUGACACAACUUGCCGGUGGACAAGUCAUCAAAGCAAGGCAGGCUGUCCUGGGACAUAAAGUGUUCUGAAACAGGGCGUGUAAGUUUUCAAAAGAUCCUUAGCCUUGGAAGGCAGAGAGUCACUCCUGUCACGGGGAUCUCUUAGCACCUGGAAGAGGUUUUUGUAAAGCAUGAGGCUGAGUGAGGCAUUGACUCAGCCCUUCCAGGCUCCUGCCAGCAUCCGAAAGUUCUCAAGCAGCCAAGUUUACCUGUUCAGAAGCAGGCCGUCGGAUUCGGAUGACUCCUCGUCAGAGGAGGAACUUGACGUCAUGGAAUUGCGAGCGAGAGGGAAGGAGCAACAGAGGCGCAACGCUCGUGCAGAGAAAGUUGGGGAUGUGGUUCUGCUGGAACGCCAAGUUAGCAAAGACGACAAUCUGAACAAAUUGGCACUGCAGUAUGGAUGCAAAGUUGCAGAUAUCAAGCGGGUCAACAACUUCAUCCAGGAGCAAGACUUGUAUGCGCUAAAAUCCAUCAGGAUUCCAGUCAAGGUCAACGGCAUGUUAACAGAGACCCAGGAAGGGUUGUUGCCUGCCCAGAGAGUUGGUCUGUUGUUGCCUGCUGAACCGUCUGGGUCCAAAGAGGGAGACGGCAGCUCCGAAGACACCGAGCAAAUCGACCAGUAUUUCAGAGGGAUCGACCAGGACAUUGAGAAAGCAACUCUGCUGGAUGUCUCCCCAAGCACAGACUAUUGCAUCGAAACACCAAACUGGUCACCUUCAGGGAGGAAGGAAAUCGGUGCUGGAGCAGACUGUGGGAUCCAGUGGUGGAAUGCAGUUUUCAUUAUGCUCCUCGUAGGAAUAAUUUUGCCAGUGUUUUAUAUUGUCUAUUUUAAAACCCAGCAGCUCGAAGUGACUACUACCUCCAACACAACUCUUCCUGUGAACCACACUGAUGGGUCAGUGAGGGGGACACCUGUCCUCCCUGUGCUUAAAGAACCUCUGCCCACUAUCCAAACCCACAGAGGAGGAGACUUCCUUCCGUCAGGAGGAUGACUCUGUCUGUUACCCCACCCCACCCCUCAAAAAGUGGAGGAAAGUCUCCUUGCUUUGAAAUAAUGUUCUGGGAUGAGCCAACAACAGAUCAGUUGCUUCUUAAGUUGAUAGGAGCUCAACUUGGAAAUGAGAUCAAGGAAGACCAGGACAGAGCAAGACAUGGACAGUGGCUGGUCAGUCACAAAGGGAAUGGUGGGAUGGCUCACUUUUAAACAGCAAAAGGGGGUGCAAGUGAGGGUGCAGAACCUGAACCCUCUUGUAGGUUGUGUGCUCCCCAGUACCAGUCUUGAGCCAGAUAUCAGAAACAGACUCAGCUGGGGGAAAGGCACUUAGGGAGAAGGUUCUGCACUCCUCCCCUGUGCACCCUUUUUGCUCUAAAAAUUUUGGCCACAUUUGCACCUUACAUUCUACAGUCGGGGCUUCCCCCAAGGCAUCCUGGGAGCUGUAGUUUGUUAAGGGUGCUGAGAGUUGUUAGACCACCAUGAUUCCCUUCAAAGAGCUACAAUUCUGAGAGUUCGCUGGGAAGAGCCAUUGAUUCUGAAGCCAGCCUGAGAAUGGUAGCUCUGUGAGGGGAAUUGCAGGUGGUGUCUCUUAACAACUCUCAUCAUCCUUGACAAAAUUACAGCUCCCAGGUUGCUUUGGAGGCUUGUUAAAGUGGUAUGACAGCACUUUAAGGUGGAGAUGUGAUCAGACCCCCUCCCUUGUGUUAUUGGGGGCAAAUCUCAUUUUAUGCUUGCUGCCUCUUUCAAGACUCUGAGGUUUGGUCUUUCUGAGGAAACAGGCCUAGCCUAUCACCUGGGCUAUAUAGAUAUAUAUUUAAAUUAACUGCCAGUUUAUUAAAAGUCAUCUUGUCUUAAAUGGCA